CAAGUGACAGGAUUUGUUUUUGGACUUCGAGGUGCUCUCUGACCGGCCGCCUCCGCCGAUCGAGAGGGAAGCUCCCAAGGUCAGAUCUAAGCUCAUCCAUCUCUUGUCUCAGUCCAUUCUACCAAAAUCCACCGCAGCAGCAGCAGCAGCCCCGCCAGAGCCGUCGGCGGAGGUAGCAGCCAUGGAGAUGGUGGUGGGCGCGUCGGAGGCGACGAUGAAGUCGCUGCUGAGCAAGCUGGGCGGGCUGCUGGCGCACGAGUACGCGCUCAUCCGCGGCGUCCGCGGCGACAUCCAGUACAUCAACGACGAGAUGGCCAGCAUGCAGGCCUUCCUCGUCGACCUCGCCCCCCGGGGCCACGACAGCCGGAUGAAGGACUGGAUGAAGCAGAUCCGCGAUGUCACCUACGACAUCGAGGACUGCGUCGACGACUUCGCGCACCGCCUCCCGCACGACCCCGCCGCCGGCGGCGACGUCUGCUGCGCCUUCAUCGUCUCCCCGGUCUACGAGAUCUGGACCUGGCGGCCUCGCCGCACCAUCGCCUCCUCCAUCGCCGAGCUCAAGGUGCGCGCGCAGCAGAUCGGGGAGCGCCGGACCAGAUACGGCGUCGAGAACCCCAAGACCUUGGAGGGCGCACCUCCCGUCGGCGGAUUCGAUGUCGCCGAGUACCAGCACACCCCCCUUGCGCUCGUCGGCACCAAGAAGCCCGUCGGGGUGGAAGAGGAGAUGAAGGAGCUCGGCAAGUGGCUGACAUUGCAACAGCCUGCCUCCUCAGAUCCUGCAUCCUCCCAGGCGGAGGCUCCGAAGCAAGCCCAUGCUGUGUUGUCCAUCGUUGGCUUCGGAGGGGUCGGCAAGACGACCAUCGCUAUGGCCUUGUACCAGGAAUACGGCGAUCAAUUUGACCGCCGGGCCAUGGUCACCGUGUCACAGAGUUCUGACAUUGAUGCAAUAUUGCAGACCAUACUCAGUCAAGUUAGGCCUCAGUCCAAAGAUGAUAGCGAACAGCAAGGCAGCUGCGGCGGCGGCCCCUCUGGGAAGAAACGCCUCAUGGCUGCCAUUGGAACAGUAUGUGCUAGUAUCAUGCCCAAGUGCAGAGAGCAGCGAGGUGGUAGCACCUCCCAGACAACACGAAAUCUCAAGCAGCAGUUGGAGGAGUACUUGGAUGGAAAAAGUUACUUGCUCUUAGUUGAUGAUGUGUGGUCUACAUCUAUGUGGGAGAAGAUAAAGUUUUCAUUGCCUAAAAGUAAGAAAGGCAGUAGAGUAAUAGUUACCACGCGGUUUCAAGCUGUUGCAAGUCUGUGCAGAAGAGAUAACGGAGAUCACAUUCAUAAAGUGGUCGUACUUAACAAGGACAAGUCUAAAGAUUUAUUCAUGACUGAAUCCGAAAUUAGCAAAGAAGCCAAGAACAAAAUUCCAGAAAUACUCUGGCAAAUGUGUGGGGGUCUGCCAUUGGCCAUAGUUACCAUGGCUGGGCAUGCCACCUGCAACGCAGACAAACUGGCAACUAAGUGGAGUGAACUUUGCAAUGCACUGGUACCAGACUCCGGGAAAGCUCUUGGCCAGGACGGAGUCACAAGGAUACUCUAUCACUGCUACAAUGAUAUGCCUGGUGAGAUCAGGACUUGCUCCUUGUAUCUAUGCAUAUUUCCAAAGGGUCGCAGGGUCAGCAGGAAGCGGCUGACGAGGCGAUGGCUAGCAGAGGGAUUUGUCAGUGAGAAGGAUGGGCUGAGUACGGAAGAUGUUGCGGAUGCAUACUUCAAUUAUCUCGUAAGGAGAAAAAUUAUACGGGCUGUGGACCACAGCAGCAACGGCAAGGUGAAGAGCUACCAGGUGCACGACAUGGUUCUUGAGUACAUCGUAUCCAAGGCAAGUGAGGAAAACUUCGUCACCGUGGUCGGCGGCCACUGGUUCAUGGCGCCACCUAGCAACAAAGUCCGCAGGCUGUCUCUCCAAGGCGGUGACUUGAAGCACAAGAAAACAAUGGAGAGCAUGAAUUUAUCUCAUGUCCGAUCUCUGACCAUGUUUGGGAGCUUGGCUGAACUUCCUUCUAAUUCAUUGAAGUUUGGAAUUGUGCAAGUACUAGACCUCAAUGGUUGCAAGGAUUUCAAACAACAUCAUGCCAAGGAGAUAUGCAAGAUGCUUCUACUCAAGUAUCUAAGCCUCCGACGGACAGACAUAGACAAGAUUCCCAAGAAAAUUGGAAAGCUCCAGUAUCUGGAGACUCUUGAUAUAAGAGAGACCAAUGUGACAGAGCUGCCGAACACCAUCUGCCAGCUUGAACGAGUGGAGAACAUACUUGGUGGGAACAAAAGAACACGGAAGGCACUGAAGCUUCCUGAAGAUCUGAAGAAGGGAACAAUGAAAAACCUGCGCAUACUGUCAGGUAUUGAGAUCGUUGAGGGACCAGCUACAGUGGCAGACUUUCAUCAUCUAACUGAUUUGAGGAAGCUCACCAUUUACAGGCUCAAAAUCAAGAAGGGUGGUAAGCUUUUCGGAGAACUGAGCUCCUCGAUCGAGUACCUUGGUGGCUAUUCUCUGCACACCUUGGUGAUCGAUGAUGAGUCGUGUGAGUUUCUGAAAUCACUAGGUGCUCUCUCUUCCCCUCCAAAGUUUCUCAAUGCUCUUGAGCUGUCUGGCAAGCUAGUUGAGCUCCCAGCAUGGAUCACAGAGCUGGAUGCCCUCACGAAGCUGACCCUCUCGGUGACCAUGCUCACUUCCGCUGUUUUAGCCCAGUUGAGCAAGCUCAAGACAUUGUUCUCGCUCACAUUUUCAAUUACUGCAUCAAAGCAAGAUCAGGAAAUAACAGCCAUCAUCGAGAAAAACAAAGAGCACUCUGAUGGAGAGAUCAUAGUUCCAGCCGGUGGAUUUGAGAACCUCGAGCUACUUCGCAUCCUGGCUCCUUCAGUGCCGCUGCUAAGCUUUCGAGGGAAUGCUUUGCCAAAGCUCGAAAGGCUUGAGCUGCGGUUUAGCAUGUUGGAGGGACUGUAUGGCUUAGAAAACCUUAAAAAGCUCAAAGAGGUGCAUCUCAGGGUGCACAAGGAAGCAGGCGAGUUUACCAAGUCAUUAGUAGAAGACAUGGCAACUGCAGCCAGGGAAGGUAACAAGUGUCCAAAAAUAAUUGUUGAUCAGUAUUAUGGGUGAGAAUGAACCCCUGCCCCCCAGUUAAACAUAGGCACAUCAAGUCGGUUAGAUGGUAGGCUUGUUCGCCUUUGGCUAUACAUCGUGUAUUCGUGUGUCACCUGUUGAGUUUCCUUCGAGGGUUUUCUGUUCUGAUCCGCCAUGUACUCGUCUAUCAAUUAUUAUUGUAGUCUGCGCGCAGGAUGAAGACAUUAUUUUCCUUGA